AGGCAGGGUGCGGACGGCGAGAGCCACGCAGACUCGUCCAGUGAGCUGUCCGUCAUGCAAGGUGGCUUCUCUGCUCGCUUCGUCAGGAUGGAGCGAGAGGCUGCCAGGCGACCUCCGAAAAGCGAGAUGGUCGACGAGCACGUUCAAUGGCGUUCGCGGGAAUCGACGCGAGGCUCGAGCACGGAAGAAAGAUGCUCGAUCGCUCAUCGAAGCGUGCGCCCUGCGCGAGACCUACCACCUGCCCCUUUGGAACGUGCAAGAUGCGCAUCGAGCUCGCUCGAUGAGCCGAUCGCCUCUGCAGUACAAUGUCAGGCCGCAAGUAGCUUUCAUCGCAGAAAGCGCAUUGCUUGCCACGCCACAAGUCAGCAACGUUCGAGCGCAGCACCCAUCGUGCCCCAACAGACUUCUCCAAACACGACUUUGCGCGCUUCUACCAGCUCGUGGGAACCUCGCAGCUUGCACAUACCUCCGCGCAUUUCCAGCGCUUCGGAUCAUGCACAUGUCCGGCACGUUUCCGCUAGUCUUGAAUGGCCCAGACAUGGUCUUGCAGGGAGCAGAGCGGCAGGGUCGUCGACUGCUGCUUGCGGAUCGUCCAAGAACCAUGAUGCGCCACAAAGUCGCCAAAGACCCUCCACAUCGUGUGGUGCCGAGCAGGCAGACAUGGGCGAUCAGGCAAAUUCGAGAGUGAGAGGAUUGCGGCGACUCAAGUCCAAGGCUUCCAAGCUAGAGCUUUGGAGUGGUCGGCCCUCCACUUCUGCCAGCGCAACUCGUCCGCUGAGCAGCGCUGAGCGAGCAAAAAGCGUAGAUGAGGCGGCGAGCACUGCUCUCACUGCCUUGUCCUAUCUCGGCAUGACGCCCGCUUGUCCUACCGAGCGAGCAUCCUUUAGCAUCUCUCAUCGACGAUCCAGGCCGUCGUCGUGCGACGACUCUGCGACGCGCUCGGCCUGCAAGAGUCGCACGAACAGCACGCUGCUCAGUGCCACGUCUUCGCGAACCACGCAUCACACGCUGCGCACCUUUACCCCGCUUUCCGAAAUUAGCAAUCCUGAACAAGCGUGUCGAGCAUCGGAUGCUCUGCGAGCCGAUCAGAGAGCGUCGAUGGGCACGGAUUCGCGCAACAGCGUCGGCUCGUGCAGUGCCAGUCUAGAGGGGCGAGGGGGUGGAGGAGGAGGGUCUUGCUCUGAGCAGAGUCGCAGCAAGUCUAGCCUUUCCCUAGCUGGAGGAGCGCAGUGGCUCAAGAGCAAGACGAGAUUCGCCAGCACGCCAACUUGGGAAUUCUGUGCGGAUGCAGACGACGACGCUUCUGCUUCUGCUUCUGCUUCUGCCUCCGCUUCCAACUCCAACUCCAACGCCUCCUCCUCCUUGGCGCUGCCUUUCGGCGGCAGUCAGCCUGAUCCGAUGGGCAUGAGCAUGGGCAUGGGCAUGGGCAGCAGGGCGCGCAACGUUGUCCCGUCCGCUGCACCGUUCGGAGCUGGCUUUGGCGGAAGCUUGGCCUUCACCGCUCUGUCCCAAGCUUCAAACACGCUCAAUCAUCUCGCAACAUCGGCCGCGCUCGGCAAAAAGAGGCGCAGCAGCACCAGCACCAGUCCUCAUCCUGCCACCACCCUCGUCUCCUCCUCCUCCAACGCCAUGCAGCACAAGAAUUUGGACCAGGCGAGCAAGAUCUUGCACGCCAAGAGCGAAAGAGGACCGGACUCGGAUGAUCUGAGGGAGCACUUGAAGCGAUUGCCGGUCAUGAACCAAGCUCAAAGAAUCGCUCUGCUCUCAAGAGGUCCUCGAAACGUUCCGUGGGAUGCUCUUUGAACUCGAGGCCCCGGGGGGCUUACAGAGCAG